CUUUGAACACAACCCAGACGACCGACGAGUUCCAUUAUUGCUUGAAACUAGAGCAUGAUCAAAUGUUUAACUUGGUUCUCUUGCCAAUCUCUACUUUCAAUAAUUUCAUAUUCUAUGUGGUUCUCUUCUGUGCUUGCCUCUUUUCUGUUGCUCUUGCGACUGAUCAUCCAUCUUCCUGGUGGGAUGAAAAGAUGCCUGUACUGGCCACUAUUUCCUUCGUUGGUGGAUUCGUAAUUACAAGCGUACUUGUCAUUAUAUUUGCAGCUAUUAUUCGACAUAGCAAAAUAUUGAGACAAGUUCUGAUUAGGAAAAUAAUAAAAGGACGAGAAAAAAAGCAGGGGAAGAAGCAUGGCGAUUUCACUUCAAUGUGGAAUUUUGAUGGCCAUAUUGCAUUUGAAGAUAUCAUUAAAGCUACCGACGAUUUCGAUAUCAAAUACUGCAUUGGAAGAGGAGCUUCUGGGGAGGUUUACAAGGAAAAACUUCCUUGUGGAAAAAUUGUUGCAGUGAAGAAACUUCGCUAUAUGCAAUCGGAAAAUCUGUCAUUUCAUAAAAGCUUUUACAAUGAGAUUGAGAUUUUGACAGAGAUUCGUCAUCGAAACAUUGUUAAGUUGCAUGGCUUUUGUUUGAAUAUACAGUGCAUGUUUCUGGUGUAUGGAUUUAUGGAAUGUGGUAGCCUCUUACAUGUUUUGAGAAAUGAAGAAAAGGCUCAGAAGUUAACAUGGAACAAGAGGCUCAAUAUUAUUAAUGGGAUUGCUCAUGCUGUUAGUUAUAUGCAUCACGAUUGUGUCCCUCCAAUUAUUCAUCGAGACAUAACAAGUGGUAAUAUCUUGUUAAACUCAGAUAUGGAAGCAUUUGUCUCAGACUUUGGCACGGCUGGGACCCUUCAUCCAUAUUCAUCGAAUCUAAGUCUUCUAGUUGGGACUUAUGGCUAUGUUGCUCCAGAGUUAGCAUAUGCAAUAUCAGCAACCCAAAAGAGUGAUGUUUACAGCUUUGGAGUUGUUGCAUUAGAAACUAUGAUGGGAAAGCAUUCAGGAGAGUUAAUUUCAUGUUUAACAAAGGAUUAUACAGAUCAAAAGAUAAUGCUAAGAGAUAUCUUAGACGCACGACUCCCUCAACCUCGCACUCGAAAAGAAAUUUGGGAUGUAAUUCUUGUGAUGACCAUUGCCUUAGCAUGCGUUUGUGCUGAACCAAAUUGUAGGCCAUCAAUGAAGCAAGUGACUCAGAAACUUUCACUUUCUAGGCCACUUUUUACAGUUCCAUUCAAUGAUAUUUCAAUUCACCAGUUGAUGAGUCAAGACAUAAUUUCAUGUAAUUGAGCAAGAUCUAGGACAAGUUUAACUGCAUGUAACUUUAUCUCAAAAUAGCUCAAGGUGCAAAUUAUUGUUAAUGGUUAUAGGUGACAAAUCUCUCCUUUUAUAUGCAC